AUGUCAUCACUAAUAUCUGCCACUAACGAAGCUCCAUUGGCAUUGAUAAUGCUUCUAAUCAUCAUAACAUCUCAAGAACAACUUCCACUCGCGCCAUACAGCCUAAAACUGUACUGUCGUAUGGGUGCAAUGGAUAGUAAAGAAGCAAAUGUUACCAAGUUAUGUCCAACGGCUAGUACGGCAUGCGGCUAUCUUGAAUUCAGUGAUCCAAAUGUUAGUAGAAGAACGAUUUCCAGUGGAAAUGAAAACAGCGUCGGUAUUUAUGAGUGCGUUGAUUCGAGUAUUUUCAUGACUGAGAAUGAGGACAACGAGAACGCGAAACAGGUUAAUAAAGAUAUGUUUGCGAGAUUUUGUGAUCAUCGAGCACGUUGUCGGAUAAUGUCAGCUGGUUGGUUGAACGGUCAAUUCCUACAGUAUCUUACUAAAGUGCGACGUGUUGAUGGCACUAGAGCUAGGUCAAGUGCGAUUGUGAAAUUUUGUUGCGCAAUCAAUGACGCACUAUUGGACGAAGUUAUUCGUUCGGGCCUUAAUGAACCAUACAUGGACGAAGUGAUUCGUGUAAGACCUGCACAACUGAAAUUCGAUGAUGAUUAUGAAGAUGUGACAAGGGAGGAUGGUAGCGAUAAGGAUCCUCAAGCGUAUAAUGAAAGGUCAUCGUAUUACUAUUACGAUGAAAGAUCCGAAUAUAUCGCUGAAUAUCACUGUGUUCAACGUCACUUCAACGAUGAACUCUAUCGAUACUGUGUACUUGUUCACAGUAACAAAUCGCCAAGCCACUGCUUCGAAGGCCAUGGAUAUCGUAUAUGCUGUUGUUUCUUUACAUCCGGUGAGUGGAUGCGAUUCAUCUAUUCGAUCAAUUAA